UUAAAUACGAAUAUUGGAACGAACUGUCAAAUUUUUAAAAAACAAUGUUUGUGGUUGACUUGUUUAUUUUUAUUUUGGCAUUGAGUGUGGUGAUGUCAGAUUGUUACCAAGAAUCAGUGCGGUGUGUUGAUGAAGAAAAUAAUGCAGUUGACUGGUACGUCAUUUAUAAGCUGCCAAAGAUAAAAGCUUCAGACAAUGUGUUAAUUAGAAAUGGCCUUGCAUAUCUAUACAUGACAUCCAAUGCAAGCAAAGGAUGGGUUUUAUCCUCAAAAUCAGUAAACAGCACUGAUUCACUGCCUGGCAGGACAAUGAGUCAGCUGUAUGAGUCAUGUUCAAAUCAAAAUAGCAGUCUUCUGUGGUUAAUAUACAAUGAUGAGCCAGUUAAUGGUACUUCAUCUUUAGAUCUAGGACACACAAAAGGAGUUGUUGUGGCAAAUAUGGAUGGUGGAUUUUGGCUGGUUCACAGUGUUCCUAAGUUCCCUCCUGUUCCUUGCACAUCACAGAUGUAUGGGUACCCUGCAACAGGACUUCACUAUGGGCAGAGUUUCUUCUGCAUUAGUAUGGCUGCCAAAUCCCUGGAUAUUGUGGGAGAACAGCUAUUGUACAAUGAACCAGAACUCUACAGUUCACAGAUACCUUUUAAUUUAAAGGACGUAUAUCCAAAUUUAUCACUUGCAUCCCAGAAAAAAUGGAUAGAAGCUGCACCUUGGUUCCACAUAGCUACACUUACAUCCAUGAAAGGAGAUUCCUUUUGGUCUUUUGCAAAAUCACGCCACUUUGGGGAAGAUUUGUAUGCAGACCUGGUGGCUCCUAAUCUGAAAUCUGACCUCUUUGUUGAAUCGUGGCAAAAUGGUGAAGGAAAACUUCCAUCGGAGUGCCAGUCAGACUUCAUUGUUGAGAACAUUGCAGCUGUAACAUGCAACACUGGAAAAUCACAAGUGGUUGAAUUCCAUUCAAGUAAGGAUCAUUCAAAGUGGACAGUUACAAGUAACAGCAGCAAUCCAUGGGUCUGCAUUGGUGAUAUAAAUAGAAUGGAAUCUCAAAAGAAGAGAGGGGGUGGCACUGUGUGCACUUCCAACAAAGAUUUAUGGAUUGCUUACAAAAGUACUGUACAAUCUGUUGAUUCCUGCCCAGUGGCGCAAGAUUUUAACAACAAAGCCUCUUACAUGGAGAAACAAGCAACUGUGUAUUUAUUGUUAUUUAUAUUCAUUUAUAACAUCAUGAUAUAAAUGCAAUGAAAUUACUGACAGUAUUAAUAUCAUGAGAUUUGGCCACAGAUCUCAUUGAUUAAUAAAAA